UCCGACGAAUAAAACCUAAUUACACUCUUCUCAUUACCCAUACAGCCAUACUACUCGCAUUCUCUACUUCUCCUCACUUUAUCUUUCUUUGAGUUACUCAUUAAUGGCGGAAGUUCAGACCCAUGCCCAUUUUCUCAAUCCAUGGCUUCUUCAUCUUCAGAAACUAGGUCUUGAAUUAAAAUGCUCUCUGUGCUUGGAGUUGUAUAUUAAGCCUAUGUUAUUGCCGUGUGACCACAUUUUCUGCAGUUCCUGCGUACCCAAAUCGAAUUUGUUUGGGUCACAGUGUCCCCUCUGUGAAUUCUCCUAUGUCGAACAAGAUUUGAGGCAAGCUCCUUCUAUGGAGAAUGUUGUGAACAUAUACAAAAAUUUGGAUGCUUCUUUCUCCAUGCAUAUGCUUAAAUCAGAUACCGGAAGAGGUUCUGUACAAUGCCCAUUUCCAUCCAAAACAAACUUUUCUAAUCAAAUUCCCAAGGGGGUGAUUAAAUCCUCUCCACCGGGCAACUCAACUAAUGGAACCCAAGAAGCUGUUAAUGUGGACAUGAACCAGGCUGAGUUGUCCCCUGACAGUCCUCCAUCUUCUGGAACUAGCAAGGAUUUUGAUGCUAACUGUCGUGAUCCAAGAGCCAGUGAUGAUGGAAGUAUUGCUAGGAAUUGUAUAUCAAAGAAACCUGCAAAGAGAACUGCUGAAGAUUUUGGAGCCCAUGGGUUUAAUAAAAGUCACGAUGCUUGUUCCAAGAAGCAAAAGCAAGUAGACCAAGUUAAACCAGAGAUGCAUCAGGGAAGUUCAACUUCAGAUGCUAUGAAUAUGGAGAAUUCUGCUUGUACUGGUUCUGACAUGACUAAUACUGGAAAUAAUUCUGGUAUUCAACAAACAGUUGAAUAUGAUCCUUCAACUUUGCUCAACUUUAAAUGCGUUUUCUGCCAUACAGGGAAAAUUACAGAGGGUAGUGGACCAAUGCAGCAUUUUGUUAGUGGUAGACAAGUCUUUGGCAAAGAGGCUUCUUCUUCUCAUGUUGUACAUUUGCACCAAAGCUGCUUAGACUGGACGCCUCAAAUUUAUUAUGUGAAUGAUACUACGAUUAAAAAUUUGGAUAAAGAACUUGCAAGAUCUGGAAAACUCAAGUGCACCUGCUGUGGGCUCAAGGGAGCUGCUCUUGGUUGUUAUGUGAAAUCCUGUCGUAGAAGUUAUCACGCUACUUGUGCAUAUGAAGUUCCAGAAUGCAGAUGGGAUGCUGAGGCUUUUCUAAUGCUCUGUCCUGAACAUGCUUCAAAAAAGUUCCCUAACGAGAAGUCUAAAAAGCGCGCUCCAAAGAACUCUUUGCCAGCUCCAAGGAUUAAUGAGCAGAGACCCUUGUGUGAUGUUGACUUCUGGGCAACAUAUUCUGGAGCAAAAAAUUGGGUAUUCUGUGGAUCUGCCCUUUCUGCAGAUGAAAAGGGUAUGUUGGUCAAGUUCGCAAACUUAUGUGGAGCAACUGUAACAAAGUCUUGGAAUCAAAGUGUUACUCAUGUGAUCGCUGCAACUGACGCAAAUGGUGCAUGCAGUAGGACAUUGAAAGUUCUUAUGGCUAUUCUUAAUGGGAGAUGGAUUCUUAAACCCGAUUGGAUUGAAGCAUGUAUGAAAUCAAAGAGUCCCAUUGACGAAGAACCUUACGAAAUCAGUCUCGAUAAUCAUGGAUACUGUGAUGGCCCUAAAACUGGCAGGCUCAGGGCUCUGAAUAAUGAACCAAAGAUUUUCAACAAUAUGAAGUUCUUUUUCUAUGGUGAUUUUGUGGCAACAUACAAAAAUGACCUUCAAAAUCUGAUAAUGGCCGCUGGCGGUACCAUCCUCAGACGCGAAGAACUUGCACUUGAUGCACAACGUCAACCGUCGACUUCAGUAGCUGUUUAUAACGAUGAUUCAACAGAAGUUAACGAGGUCUUGCAGCGACGAGUAGAGGCAGAGAAACUUGCCAAGGAAACUGGUUCUCAAGUGAUUGCUCAUACAUGGAUCUUGGAUUCAAUUGCUUCAGGUUUAUUAAAACCCUUUGUCCAAAGAUUACAACUUGAAGAAAUUCCUCAGGAUUAGAAUAGAGUUGCUAAUGAAGCUACAAAGGAAUGCGGAUUUCUCCUAUCAGUAUGGAUUUAGUGCAUAUUAAAAUAGUGUGCAACGGUCUUAACAUGCUAGUGUGUAGUGGAGUUAGUGGGGUGGAGAGUAAGGAAUAUGGGUUAUGGGUUAGUAGAGUGGGGGGAUGAAGAGCACAAAAUAAAAUUAGUGUGUAUUUAUGAAGUUUAUAUUAGAUUUUGCCUUUAGAAUUACAACAGUCGAUAAUUUAUAAUUUACUUUCGAUGUAUCAUUUUAGAUAAUCGAGUUUUUAUUUUAAAUUGCAACAAUACGUGUAAUUUAAGAGAUGAUCCUUUUAUAUUAAGAAUUAAGAUAAUGAUGGGUUAUUUCAUUGAUUAAGAAAUGAGAUGACUAAUGUGGCAAUGUCAAUAGUAAUGUAUUUUUCAAUCAGUUUUUAAACCAGA